AUGAGCGCGGUCCCGCGUCCGCAUGCGCGCAGGGAGCGCCUCUCCUCGCUCAAAGAUGCGGGCAAAUCACGGCCCGUGGGCGCCCUGCAGCCGCGUAACAAGCCCAAGCGGCCCAGCUGCUGCUCGGCGCCGGACAUCCAGGAAGUCGACGGCGCCCAGGUAUGCGCCAACUGCGGUGCUAUGAUCAGCGAGUCCAACAUCGUCGCCGAGGUCACCUUUGGCGAGACGUCCGCUGGCGCCGCUAUGGUCAUGGGUGGCUCUGUUGGCGAUGACCAGCGCUUCGCAAACACUAUGGGCACUGCUGGCCGCCGUAUUGGUGCUGGCAGCAGCGAGGGCAAGAGCAUGUCCGAGCAGAAUGGCAGGGAUGCCAUUCGUGGUCUCAUGAGCUCCCUUAGGAUCCAUAACGACAAUAUCGAAUCGCAAGCCUUGCGUCUAUACAAGCUGGCUGUGGUGCACGCCUUUGUCCACGGUCGUCGCCCUGCCGUCGUGGCGGCGUGCGCUCUUUACUAUGCCUGCAGACAGACCGCAGGGAAUAAGUUCCUGCUUAUAGACUUUGCGGAAAAAAUAAAGCUUAACGUUUUCAAGCUCGGUGAGACAUACAAAGCUCUCUUAAAAGUGCUGUUCAUGGAGGACGCCGCCAGCAAGGACAGCUACAAGAUGCUGGAGCCGGAGCCACUGAUCGAGAAGUACGUGCAAAAACUCGAGUUUGGACCGGUUGGAGGAAGAAAGGUCGCCGAGGACGCAGUCAAGCUUCUGCGCCGCAUGAAACGAGAUUGGAUGGUCGAAGGAAGACAGCCGGCCGGUAUCUGCGGCGCAUGCAUUGUCCUCGCUGCGCGCAUGAACAACUUCCGCCGAACGGUUCGUGAGGUGGUGUACGUGGUCAAGGUUGCCGACAUGACCAUCGCGAAGCGUCUUGUGGAGUUCAAGCGGACGCAGAGUGGAAGAUUGACGGUCGACCAAUUCCGUCGCCUGGGGAACAAGCUUCAAGAAGAAAUCGAGCCGCCCGCUGUGUACGAGGCGAGAGAACGUGAAGCGAAACGUCGCAGGAUAAUGGCGCGAGAGAACAACGCGGAAGACGCAACCAUAAUCUCGGAUGCUGGGUCGCGGGAGACAUCAGCUGCGCCGCCUGAGCCGCGUCCACCACGCCGGGAUGCAGAUGGCUUCGUCAUUCCCGAUCGCCCGGAUCUGCCUAUCGAUCCGAGCCUGCUCGCUGCAACGAAUCUGGCAAUGGAGGAGCUAACGGGCGAAGGCGCCGACUCGGCGCCCAAGAAGAAACGCGGCAGACCACCGAAGAAGAAGAAGGAGGUCAUUGCGCCGCUCGCCGACGAGGACCUGCUCAUCGAACAGGAGAUUGAAGAAGAAAUCGAGCGAGUCAUCCAUGAUCCCGACAUAGUCAACAACAUGGGCGACAACGAAUUCCGGCUGAUCGAAGCGCGGUCGCGCGCCCUGGCCUUGCAGAUGCAAGAAGGCACGAUGCGGACGAACGAAGAGCCGCACGUCGAGGAGCACGAGUUCGACGACGACCCGGAAGUAGCCAACUGCCUGCUCAGCCCGGCCGAAAUCGCCAUCAAAGAGCGCAUCUGGGUGACGCACAACGAGGACUGGCUGCGCGCGCAGCAAGCCAAGAUGCUGAAAAAGGCGCUCGAGGAGGCCAACGGCGGGCCCAAGAAGAAGCAGACGCGCAAGCGCAAGCACACGCAGAUUGGCGACGUGGCGGGCCUCGAGGCCGACUCGCCCAUCGCCAGCCCCGCCGACGCCGCCCAGCGCAUGCUGCAGCGCCGUGGCAAGGGGUUUUCGAAAAACAUCAACUACGAGAAACUCAACGCUAUUAUGCGCUCUGCUGACGAUGACGACGCCGCGGAGCCCCUGGACUCGACUUCUGCGUCUACGAGCCAGUAUGCCAGCGCGAGACAGAGCACGGCUGCUAGCCCGGCACCACCACACGCCGGGGGCGAGGUCGUCGAGGAGGAGGGACUCGUCGAAGACGAUGGCGGCGGCGGUGCACCGUCGUCGUCGUCGUUAUCCUGCAGGGGUGGCGCGCUGGCGACGCCGCCUGCGACGCAGCAGCAGCAGGGCGCGCAACAACAACAACGCGGCGCCACAAACAAAGACCCGCAUGUCAUUGCCGAUGACAAUGACGAAGCGGAAGAAGAAGAGGAGGAAGAGGACGAGGAAGAAGAAGAGGACGAGGAAGGCGAAGACGAGACGUACGCGCGAGCGCUGAAUCCGUUGAAUCAUUUCUCGGCUGGGGAUGAGUUUAACGAGGAGUAUGCUGGGGAUGAGUAUGAGUGA